AUGACGACUAGGAAACGGGAAAAUCAAAAAUUCACUUCGAAUUUCGGACCUCAAAAAUCCUUUGCCCUCAUUGGUGUUUCACGACAGUAUUGAAUGAACGGAGAAGUGGUGGAACGUGCGGAACCACAUAUUGGAUCACUCCAUAGGGUGACUGAGAAAUUAAUAGAGUACAAAACUUAUCUUCGCUUACCUUAUUAUGAUCGUUUAGACUAUGUUUCUACGAUGGCCCAAGAACACGCUCAUUCUUCAGCCGUAGAGAGACUUUUGAAUUGCGAGGUACCAUUACGAGCUCAAUAUAUACGAGUGUUAUUCCGUGAAAUAACUCGAAUUUCAAAUCAUUUACUUGCUUUAACUAAUCAUGCUAUGGAUGUGGGAGCAUCAACUCCGUCCCUGUGGGCUUUUGAGGAGCGGGAGAAAUUGUUGGAAUUCUAUGAAAGAGUCUCGGGAGCCAGGAUGCAUGCGUCAUUCCGACCAGGUGGAGUGGCACAAAGAUUGCCUCUGGCUUAUGUCGAGGAUAUUGAUUCCUUCACACAACAAUUGCUUCUCGUAUCGACCGCAUUAGAAGAGAUGCAAACCGGCAACCGUAUCUCGAAACAACGAUUAGGGAUAUUGGUCUGUCAAUGCCCACAGCAAGAACAGGAUGGGAUCAGUGGUUUGUACAUGGUAAGAGGUCGGGGUUUAUGCUGGGAGGGAUUCGCGAGAGGCAGCACAUUACAUGUUCAUGACCAAUCGGAUCCUGACGUACCAGUAGGUACCAGAGGAGAUCGCUAUGAUCGUUACUGUAUCCGUAUUGAAGAGAUGCGACAAAGUAUGCGGAUAAUUUGGCAAUGUCCUAAUAAAAUCCCUAGUGGCAUGAUCCAAGCCGAGGAUCGUAAGGGUCCUCCAUCACGAUGUCGAAUGAAACUAUCCAUGGAAUCGGUCAUUCACCAUUUAGAACUUUAUCAGAAAGUUUUCCUACCAGCUCCUUCUACCUCUACCGCUGUGAAGCACCUAAAGGAAAUUUGGUGUCCUUUGUCAGUAUGGAAGCAUCGUCCCUACCGUCGUAAAAUAAGAGCACAUGGCUCUGCCCAUUCACAAGGAAUCGAUUCUAUGUCCAAACAACAUGCCAGCAGAUUGGUCACCAUCAUAGGUACUCAAGAUAUUGUGUCUGGAGAGGUGGAUAGAUAGACUACGUCUUGCUCGAUUCAGGACGCUAGCUUUAUUGCGAGCAAAAAU